AUGAGAGUAAACCUCCAUAUUGCCACCAUUUUGGUGGUGCUACUUAUACACGGAGCGCUGCAUAGCACCUCCGGUGACGGCGAAGAGUUCCGCGGAGACUACUCCAAGUUAUCAGGGAUUAUAAUUCCAGGAUUCGCAUCGACUCAGCUUAGAGCCUGGUCUUUCCUUGAUUGUCCGUACUCUCCUCUCGAUUUUAACCCUCUCGACUUGGUCUGGCUUGACAGUACCAAACUACUUUCUGCAGUGAACUGUUGGCUUAAGUGCAUGUUACUUGACCCGUACAAUCAAACAGACCAUCCUGAAUGCAAAUCGCGUCCUGAUAGUGGUCUUUCUGCUAUUACAGAACUUGAUCCCGGUUAUAUCACAGGUCCUCUUUCUUCAGUGUGGAAAGAAUGGGUUAAGUGGUGCAUAGAGUUUGGCAUUGAGGCUAAUGCAAUCAUUGCCGUGCCAUAUGAUUGGAGAUUGUCACCGUCAAUGCUUGAGGAGCGAGACCUUUAUUUUCACAGGCUCAAGCUCACGUUUGAAACUGCCCUUAAACUUCGAGGUGGACCCUCACUAGUAUUUGCCCAUUCUCUGGGUAACAAUGUCUUCCGUUACUUUCUGGAAUGGUUAAAACUGGAAAUUGCACCUAAACAUUAUAACCAAUGGCUGGACGAACACAUUCAUGCCUAUUUUGCAGUCGGAGCCCCACUUCUUGGUGCAAUUGAGACGGUCAAAGGGACAUUUUUUGGGAACACAUUUGGUCUUCCAGUUUCUGAGGGAACAUCUCGAUUGAUGUUCAAUUCUUUUGGUUCUUCGUUAUGGAUGAUGCCAUUUUCUAAGUAUUGUAGAGCCGAUAAUUCUUACUUUAGGCAUUUUGCUGGGGGAUUCAGGAAAGGUCAUCACACAUAUCAAUGUGAGGAGCAGGAAUUUCGUUUAAACUAUUCUGGAUGGCCAACAAAUGUAGUCAACAUUGAAAUUCCUUCUAUCCGUGGCUUUGAUGCCUAUCCGUCAGUUACCGAAUUAGCUCAAACCAACUUGUCUAGCAUGGAAUGCGGGCUUCCUACUCAGUUAUCUUUUUCAGCUCGUGAAAUAUCAGAUGGGACCCUUUUCAACGCAAUAGAAGAUUAUGAUCCAGAUAGCAAGAGGCUCUUAUACCAAUUAAAGAAGUUAUAUCAUGAUGAUCCUGUUUUGAAUCCACUUACACCGUGGGACAGACCACCAAUAAAAAAUGUUUUCUGCAUCUAUGGAGUAGAUUUAAGGACUGAGGUCGGUUACUAUUUUGCACCGAGUGGCAAGCCUUACCCUGAUAAUUGGAUCACAACAGAUGUCAUUUAUGAGCUUGAAGGAUCUCUGUACUCAAGGUCAGGGAAUUUGGUUGAAGGUAAUCCUGGAGCCGCAAGUGGGGAUGAGACGGUACCAUACAAUUCUCUCUCUUUGUGUAAGAAUUGGCUUGGACCAAAAGUGAACAUAACAAGGGCUCCUCAGUCAGACCAUGAUGGAUCUGAUGUACAAGUGGAUUUGAAUGUAGAACAUCAGCAUGAAGUAGAUAUAGUUCCUAACAUGACAAGGUCUCCAAGAGUAAAGUACAUUACCUAUUAUGAAGAUUCUGAGAGUAUUCCGGGAAAAAGGACAGCAGUUUGGGAGCUCGAUAAAGCAAAUCACAGGAACAUUGUUAGAGUUCCAGCUCUAAUGAGAGAGUUGUGGCUUCAGAUGUGGCACGAUAUCCAUCCCAAUGCAAAAUCAAAAUUUGUUACAAAAGCUAAGCGCGGGCCUUUAAGAGAUGAAGAUUGUUAUUGGGAUUAUGGGAAAGCUCGAUGUGCAUGGCCUGAGUACUGUGAAUAUAGGUAUCUUUUUGGGGAUGUUCACUUGGGACAGAGCUGUAGGUUGAAGAAUUCUUCAGCUGAUGCACUCUUGAAUUACCUAUAG